AUAGUGUGGCUGCUUGCCUUAUAGACAAUAUACGUGCUAAUGUGUAUACCAAAACGGAAAAGAAGAAGUGAUCGCUCUAAUGGUUUUAGUCGACAUAACGAUGUAAACGAUGCGGAUAGCUUCAACAAACUACCCGUUGGAGAACAGAAGUCUUCGAAAGCAGCGCUGGUGCUAGAAAAUAUGCUGCAUGAUCAAGUUGAGCAACAAGGAGAGAUUGUAGUAAAUGACGGUAAUCUUGCUGUCUCCCCCAAAUCACCCAAAUUUAUGCGAGACAGAGGACGAAGAUCUAGUAGCUUCAAAAGCACAGCGAAUAAAAAGCGAGUUUUUGACAUGGUAAGUAUAUGGGUCAAUCGUGUGUUAGAUGAAGGCGCACCAAGACUGAUUGAAGAAUUUCGAGAUCUUAGCAAAUGGAAACCGGAAAAUAUGACCAUGAAAGCGUUUCUUGAAAACAGACCUCUUAACAGGUAUGUCGAUGUACCCUGCCAGGACGCUCGUCGAGUGAUACUAAAAUGGCCAGGAAUAGAUAACGACUAUAUCCACGCCAACUAUGUUGCAACUCCGAGCAAAGAUCAUCAUUUCAUCUGUACACAGGGACCGCUUACUAACACAAUGCAAGCAUUUUGGGCGAUGGUUAUACAAGAGAAAAGCGACUAUGUUCUAAUGCUAUGUAAUACUGUAGAAUGCGAUAAGAAAAAAUGCGAACAAUACUGGCCAUAUGAGGUUGGCGAUUCCAUGGUGUUUGGUGAAGAUAAUGAAGGCAAAAUUACAGUAACCUCAAUGGAGGCACAUCCAAUGUCUGAAGAGGAGAACUUUAUACGAGUAAGCACGCUUAAACUAAGCUACAAAGAGAAUGGACACAAAGCAUCAAAGAAUGUAUACCAUUACCAAUGGGAGAACUGGCCAGAUCGGGGCGUACCGCCUACAAAACUCGCCCCAAUCAAUCUUUUGGCUGAAGUGCGGGACUCUCCCUAUCCCAUCAUUGUCCACUGUUCAGCUGGUAUAGGUAGAACUGGAACCAUUGUAGCCAUCUCGUAUGUACAGGAGAAAAUGCAGAGCGGGCAAGACUGCCAAGCAAUGAGUGAGCUUUUGAAAGAAAUUCGAACGCAGCGGGCAUGCUCCAUUCAAAACGCUUAUCAAUAUCUCUAUGUGCAUCGCGUGCUGCUUGCUUAUUUCCUCGAAAAGUACAAGGGACGAUUUCAACAUUGCUUGGACAAUGGCGGAGAGGAGAAGUAUCAGCAGUGGUGUGCCGACUACAAGCGAAUAACUGGCUGUGACUGA